AUGGCGUUACACGUACCAAAGGCCCCGGGUUUUAUGUCGAUGUUGAAGGAGGGUGCUCGAUACUUCGAGGGUUUAGAGGAAGCCGUUUUCCGUAACAUUGAGGCUUGCGCAGCAUUAUCCAAAACAACUCGCACGACUUUCGGUCCUGCGGGGCAGAACAAAAUCGUAAUAAACCAUAUUGGUCGUCAAUUCGUCACAAAUGACGCCGCAACGAUCCUAAAGGAACUGGAAGUGGCUCAUCCUGCCGCAAAGAUACUGGUUAUGGCCACGCAACAGCAGGAGCAAGAGGCUGGAGAUGGAACUAACUUUGUUCUUCAGCUCGCUGGCUCUCUGCUAGAGCAGGCCACGGAUCUCUUGAGAAUGGGUCUCUCAGUGACACAAGUUACGGAAGGUUAUGAACUUGCAAGAACCAAGGCACUAGAUACUCUGGAUGGUAACAGUUGUUCUUGA